AAAAUUACACCACAAAAUUACCUCCUACAGUCGCCGCCCCCGUUUCUCUUACCUUUCCUCUUUUCCUUCUUCUUUCGCUCUACCUUUUCCUUCUUCUUCUUCUUCUUCUCGCCCUGCUGCUGCUCUACCGCCGGUCGUGAACCUCAUCGUCGUCUUGAGGGUUUGCAGAGGGAGUCGGUAAUUUCCUGCUAAAACUUAUUCUCGAACCGAUGCAGUUUUGCCACUCUCUGCCACCAUGAGCACCGCCAAGUCCCGCAACUUCCGCCGCCGCACUGACGAUGUCGAAGAGGAAGAUCAGCCCUCUACGGCUCCAUCCACUACCAAGCCGAUCGGUACUUCUUCCUCCUCAACCAAAUCCUCCACCAUGAAUAAACCUAAAAAGCCUGCGUCGAAGCCACCGGUGAAAAGCCUUCUUUCCUUCGCCGAUGAAGAGGACGAAUCACCGUUCUCUCGCCCGCCUCCUAAGCCCACAUCUUCGCGCUCAUCCUCGUCGCGUUUUUCGAAAUCAUCGGCUCAUAAGCUCACCUCUUCCAAGGACCGAAGUGCACUGCACGCCCUGUCGUCUGUCCCGUCCAAUGUUCAGCCCCAGGCAGGAGUUUACACUAAAGAAGCUCUCUUAGAGCUUCAAAAGAAUACCAAGACCCUCAUUCCCCCCACAGCCCGCAAUAAGCCCAAGCCGGAAGCAGAACCUGUUGUUGUGUUGAAGGGUUUGAUAAAGCCUGCUUCGAAUGAGUCAGAUUCGAUAAUGGCUGGUAGAAGUCAUGGAUUUGAUGAGGAGAAGGCAAAUUUUGAUCAAAGGCUUCGAGAUUCAAGUGUUGAGAGAGACGACACGUUAUCAAGGUUGAAGGAAAUUGGAUUAGGGCAGGGCCUCAGUGAGGAUAAAGAAGGGAUACCGGACAAAGCUACUAUAGAGGCAAUUAGAGCAAAGAGGGAGAGGCUGAGGCAGGCCAAGGCUGCAGCCCCAGAUUAUAUAGCAUUGGAUGGAGGGAGUAAUCAUGGUGCAGCAGAAGGUUUGAGUGAUGAGGAACCUGAAUAUAGGGGGAGAAUUGGUUUAUUCGGUGAGAAAGUUGCUGGUGCUGAUAAAAAGGGUGUGUUUGAGGAUUUUGAGGACAGGGCAAUGCCGAAAGUGAGGAAAUUCGAGAUGGACAGUGAUGAUGAGGAUGAUGAGGAUAAAAUGUGGGAGGAAGAACAGGUGAGGAAAGGAUUAGGAAAGAGGUUAGAUGACAGUGUUGGAAGUCAAGGAGUGGGCGGUGGUGUCAAUGGUGUUAGUAGCAUUCGGAAGAGUGAUGGUUUGCAGCCGAGUUUUGGAUACACUGGCGCAGGACAUAGUGGGAUGUAUUCUGCUGUGCCAAAUGUGGAUGUUGCAGGUGGAUAUAGCAGCAUUGGAGGGACUGGUGUGGACAUAUUCAGCAACAAUGUUAUGUCGUUAUCUCAGCAGGCUGAGCUUGCUAAGAAAGGGUUGCAUGAGAACCUUAAGGGGGUUGAGGAAUCACAUGCUAAAACUAUGGCAUCGUUGGCCAAAACCAAUGAAGAUAUAUCUUCUUCUUUGCUGAAUAUUUCUUACCUUGAGAAAGCUCUAACUGAUGGUGAUAACAUGUACCGCUUUAUGCAACAGCUACGUGAUUAUGUUUCAGUUAUAUGUGAGUUUUUGCAGGAUAAGGCUCCAUUUAUUGAGGAACUUGAGGAACAAAUGCAGAAGCUUCGCGAAGAACGUGCAAGAGGCAUAUCAGAAAGAAGAGUAGCAGAUGAUGAUGAUGAAAUAUCUGAAAUAGAACAAGCUAUUUCUGCAGUGCGGACAGAACUCCGUAGAGGAGGAAACAAUGCUGAGAAAGUGGCAGCAGCUGUUGCUGCUUCCCAGGCUGCAGCUGCUAAUGCAAGAGCCUUGAAAAGUGCACCUGUUAAGCUAGAUGAAUUUGGUAGGGAUGAAAAUUUGCAAAAACGAAUGGAGAUCACGAGAAGAGCAGAAGCUCGAGAAAGACGGAGGGCGAAAGCUGAUUCUAAAAGGAAGAGAACAAUGGAAAAGGAUAGUUCUGUUCUACAUAUAGAAGGAGAAUCGAGUACUGAUGAAAGUGAUAGUGAGAGUGCAGCUUAUAAAUCAAACCAGAAUCAAUUGCUGGAGGUUGCUGAGAAAAUAUUUAGCGAUGCAUCAGACGAGUAUUCUCAAUUUUCAAAUGUGGUUAAAAGAUUUGAGAGUUGGAAAAAAGCAUAUCCAUCAAGCUAUGGCAAUGCUUAUAUCUCAUUAAGUAUUCCUUCUGUCUUCUCCCCUUACGUGAGGCUUGAACUUCUGAAGUGGGACCCUCUUCACGAACAUAAAGAUUUCAUGGACAUGGAAUGGCACUCGUUACUAUUCACUUAUGGCCUUCCCGAGGAUGAGAACACGGUCAAUGGAAAGGUUGAUUCUGAUGCUGAUGCGGAUCUUAUUCCCAAACUGGUUGAAAAACUUGCAAUUCCGAUCUUACACCAUCAGUUAAGUUGUUGUUGGGAUAUGCUCAGUACCAGUGAAACAAAGCAUGCUGUUUUCGCUAUGAACUUAGUAAUUGGAUAUGUAGACCUUUCCAGUUCAGCACUUAUGGGGCUGUUGUCUGUUCUCCGUGAUCGUCUCACCAAAGCUGUGGCUGAUUUGAUAGUUCCCACAUGGAGCCCAUUAGAAAUGCAGGCAGUACCAAAUGCAACACGAGUUGCAGCAUAUAGAUUUGGCAUGUCUGUCCGCUUGAUGAGGAACAUAUGCCUCUGGAAGGAAAUUCUGUCUAUGCCUGUUCUUGAGAAGAUUGUGCUUGAUGACCUUUUAUGCAACAAGAUCCUUCCACAUCUUCACAGCAUACACUCGAACAUCCAUGAUGCGAUUUUACGAACUGAGAGGGUUGUUGCUUCAUUACUCGGUGUCUGGACUGGGCUCGGUGCUACAGGGGAUCGCAGCCGGAAGUUGCAGCCGUUGGUGGACUACUUAUUGCUGAUCGGGAAAACACUGGAGAGAAAGCAAAUUUCGAGUUCCAUGGAAACUGAAACUGGGAAAUUGGUUAGACGAUUGAAAAAAAUGCUUGUGCAGCUGAACGAGUAUGACCAUGCAAGAGCAGUCUCAAGAACCUUUAAUCUCAAAGAGGCUCUCUAACAUACUCUUGUCAUCUUGUUCAUGUGUCAACACCUGCAAUUCAGGUUGGAUUAUCUUGUACAAUUUUGGGGUAGUUGCAGAGUCGGCAUUCCCUUGUGAGUGAUUAUUAGUUUGUUUAUACCCUUUUAAUGAGCUUACAGGCAAAAGAAUUCUCUGUGAAAUGUUAUAUAACCUAUGAAUCGAUGCUUUUUUUUUUGUUUU